GAAUCUCCUCCACGUCAGCAGAGCAGAUCGCGUGUGCGCAUAAACAGCACCCUGCAUGGCUGUGAGAUGUCAAUCAAUGACAACUUCAGCGCCUCACUAUGCACCAGAAGUCGACGGUGAUCUCUCUGAUCGAAGUUUCGUGGGAAUUUUCAUUCAAUUGAACAAUCGGCAUUCAUCGUUGCCAAGCCCCAUUGUCCUCCAGCCGAGGUACUGGCAAUCUCCGAGACUUGCUCCUCCAUGCCAUCAUUCGAGUGCUCUUUCAUCAGUAAACGCUGCACCCGGUUCUUCGGGACAUCCUCCCCAGAUGUCUCUUCGUCUUCCUUGGAGGCAAUGGUGUUUACGAGGCUCGGACUGGCUGGAGCUUUAUGGUAUCAGCCGCGUAUGCCCGUUCACGAGCAUAAGGUUGAGGUCGCGUGCAUGGUCCGUCUGCAUCAAAGUCAAAGAGGACAAAGACGGCAGAGAACAAAGAGAGCCCGUGUGCCAGUGAAGGAUGUUGUUGAGCUCAAGGGCGAGGCGGCGAUGAGGGUGUUGACCCCAGGGACAAUAUCUCGCUGCAGAUCAUGAUAGCUAUGAGAGCAAAAAUAGAGAUCCAUUCCGCUC